UCUAGUCCCUCCGUAGAUCAUCUUUGACGUUGGCGUUGAGCGACGCGAAGAAGUAGAAAAACUUAUUCUGCGGGCACAACUUCAGGCUUUGUGAACAAAAACUUUCAAAGAUGUCUUCAGGCGCUCUCUUCCCCAGCAUGGUCAGCGGCUCCCGAGCAAGCUCCAGCAAGUACCUGGUGGAGUUUCGAGCAGGUAAAAUGAACCUGAAGGGCAACACGGUGACCCCGGACAAACGGAAAGGGCUGGUCUACAUCCAGCAGUCCGAUGACUCUCUGAUCCACUUCUGCUGGAAGGACCGGACCACGGGGAACGUAGAUGAUGACCUGAUCAUCUUCCCUGACGACUGUGAGUUUAAAAGGGUGACACAGUGCACCACCGGACGUGUCUACGUCCUGAAAUUCAAGGCCGGGUCCAAGCGGCUCUUCUUCUGGAUGCAGGAGCCAAAGACUGACAAAGAUGACGAGUACUGCAGGAAGGUCAACGAGUACCUGAACAACCCUCCCAUCCCCGGAGCAUCCGGCAGCGGCGGCGGUGGCCACGAGUUGUCAGCGCUGGGUGGAGAGGGCGGCCUGCAGAACCUGCUGGGAAACAUGAGCCACAACCAGCUGAUGCAGCUGAUGGGACCCACGGGGCUCGGAGGUCUCGGCCUGGGAGCUCUAGCUGGACCGGGACUCGCCAACCUGCUGGGGGGCGGAGGACCUGUGACCAGCAGCUCCUCAUCCAGUACCUGGAAACCCCCUGACUCCUCCCACCUUCUAUCCUCUACAGCCCCGGCUCAGACUCCCGUGGCCCCGGCCUCCACUGGAAGCCCCGCCCCUCACCAGCCCAUCCAGCUCAGCGAUCUUCAGAGCAUCCUGGCCACCAUGAAUGUGCCGGCAGCAGGGGCUCCGGGCUCAGCAGUGGACCUGGCGAGCGUGUGCACCCCAGAGAUGAUGGCUCCUAUUCUGAGCAACGCCGAGGUCCAGCAGAGGCUCCUCCCCUUUCUCCCCAGUGGGGAGAGUCUGCCGCAGAGCGCCGAGGAGAUCCAGAACACCCUGAACUCUCCUCAGUUCCAGCAGUCCAUGAGCAUGUUCAGCAGUGCGUUGGCCUCCGGGCAGCUCGGCCCCCUCAUGAGUCAGUUUGGACUGCCACCCGAUGCCGUGGACGCAGCCAACCGUGGAGAUGUGGAGGCGUUCGCUCGAGCCAUGCAGGGCAGCAGAGAAGAGUCGAAGGAGAAGAAGGACGAGGAGGACAUGAGUCUGGAUUAGAGUCUCUGUGACAUCAUCUGUUUCAUUUUUUUUUCACUUUUUCUUUUAUCAAAGGUUUGACCCCUUCAUGACCUUUUUUUUCCUCUGAAGAGGGCGGGGCUUCGGGUGUAUUCAGCUCUUUCUAAUAAAAACGUAAUGACUGAAA